AUGGCGCUCCACGAUGGGUUAAAUUCUGCUUUUAUUGAGCUUUCCGAGACUUUGGUUGAUGAAGUUUUCGUGAAGGGUAACAACGUGAAGAUUGGUAUAGUGGUUCUUCAAUUAGUCAAUCGUCUUACCGCUUUGCUUGAGUCCGAAGUUCCGGUAUACGCUGAGUUGAAGGAAGGGUUACUCAAGAAAUCUGCGGCUAUGAUGACUACUGUGAUAGGUGACCCGAAUGCUAACGAGUUCGUUCACCAUGCAGUUAUGCUUUCUGGGUUUUUUGCUAACUAUGUUUUGUCGGAGUUAGUCCACCGUGUGGGACAGGCGAGACUUCAAGUAUCUGAAGAUGAUAUGAAGGAUUUGCGGCAUAAUAAGAUUGAGGCUGCGAGAGAGUUGAAUACGAGCCCAUAUAGUAUCUUUGUGCCUGGCUUCCUGAAAAAUCUGAGAGAAGUGAAUGAUCUUGAAGUGAAGGCACCGGUUCCUAUGUUACGCCAGGUGAAGUCGGAGGGUUCGACAAGACCUGUGAGUGCGCUUCCUGAUGUGUCACGCAAUAGGCCAGCUGAUCAGGUUGUGAGCGGUGAUUGUAUCUAUACGUUGAGAGAUCUUAACACUGUGCUCAAGGAGGUUGAUCGUCUACCGUUGAAGGCUACUUUCACCGGUUUGACGGAUUCCCGGUCUAUGAGUGCAUUUAGAAAUGAGACUGAUAGGCUGGCUAAGUUGAGACAUUGGAGUCCUGCUCAUACUUUUCAUUAUCUGUCGAGGGCUAUUUCGCCAGAAGUGUGGCAAAUGGUUGGGCCAGAAAUUGAAAAUGAGCUUAGUGGUAUUUGUUAUUCCAAUGCUAUCAGUCAGUUAUGGUCGAAUUUGGCUCAGUUAUGUGGUGGUGUUGUAGAGGAUGAGAAGAUGUUGGAUCAGUUACUUGGAUUGGUUCAAGAUAAGAAGGAGUCGGUGUUAACCUUCCUAUCGAGAGUGUCCACGUAUAGAGAUCAGUGUCGACAUUCACAUAUGCCUUAUGAUGAUAGUUUCUUCAUCAUGAUUAGUCGACGAGGUUUACGCUCUGCUGCUUUGGCUAGCCAAACGGCCGCAGUUGUGGCGAACACUUGGAAUGAUUGGGUUCGUACUGUGGCCAUGCUAGAGCGACGAUCUAAACAAUGCCAAGGUGAUGAAGAAAAAUCUCGACAAACUUCUGCUGUUAUUGACUUGACUGUCGAGGAUAAGAGUGGUUCGGGAACGGUUACAACAGCGACGUCAAGAAGUGCUAAUUCACGAGUUCGCCGUUGUUAUAAUUGUGGGAAGACUGGCCAUCUAGCACGAGAAUGCACGGCCGAUAAGGGUCCGCGUAAGUGCUGGAAGUGUGGUCAAAUCGGACAUUUGGCUAGUGGGUGUCCUAAUAGAGAAGAGGUGAGCUCACGGGGAUCUGAGCAAGUUGCUAAUAAGCCGGAGACUAUGACUACCAAGGCUGCUGGUGUUAAUGAUGAUUACCGGGUUGAGAUGGCUGAUAGGAGUGGUAUGGUAGAAACGGUUAUUAUUCCAUCAAGAACCGUAACGUUCCAGAACAGCAAGGAGGAAGAGGAGGAAGAUGUCGGUGGUGCUGUACUUACUGCAUGGUGGGAAGGUGUUCCACUACGAGGUUUGGUCGAUACAGGUGCUGCUGACGCUUUGUUAUCGUAUGGAAGAUAUUGUGCUCUACAGUCGUCAAGUGCAUCUGUGAUACCGUUGGAGAAAGUUGAUUCUUCUAUUCAACUGGCCGAUGGCAGUAUGAGGACAGUUGAGGGAAUAGUAACGUUGGCUUUGAAGUUCUCUAAUGGUGUCUCUUUGGUUCAUCCUUUCUAUGUUGUACAAGGUUAUUGUCCUUCGGUGAUUUGGGGUAUUAAGCUCUUGGCAAAACUGGGAACUUCUAUCACGAUUUGUGAGUGUGAACAAGGAGUUCGUAUAUCCACAGGCUUUAUCAACGAAGGCCGAAGGAGUACCUUGUUGUGUGAACAGGACUCCGAGGUGACUGCUAUGGAUAAAUCGGUGGUACCGGAUAUCCUUGCAGUACGGUCCUGUGGAGAUUCGUAUGCAAUAUCAAGUGAUAUUGAGGAAUUGGAUGAUGACGUUAUCAGUGAAGUCGACUCAUAUACUCCCAAUUAUGAAGGUGGUGACCUUAAGUGUGAGUCGUAUGUGUUUGGUUGGCAGAGGAUACCAGCUGCACCAAAGUAUUUCUAUCGUGUGCGUGAGGUUCAUGCUGACGAUGUGAUCGACUGUCCAGGUCAACGCUAUGUUUGUGAAGUGAGGUUUCCGGAUUUAUGUGUUGCUGAGGAGUCGAAGCAAGUUGUAGACUAUAGUUUGGCAUUGUUAGCGAAGUUGUCGAUGGAGCAGAGACGCCUGUACUUCGAUGAGAUUGAUUCCUAUAUUGCUAAUUCUUGGUGGAGAGAAGAAUCAACUAGGAACGAUGUGAAGAAGGAUGAUUAUUAUAAUGAUGAUGAUCCUAUCAUUAUAUUUGGCUUACCUCAGAGUAGUUUGAAGAGUACGAGAAUAUUGGCAUUAGCCAAGCAGGCAGGUGUUCUGGACGGUGUGUUUGCAUGGGCCUAUCUUGAUGAUUUGACCCUGAUAGGGCCAUCAUCGAGGGUUAAGCGGGCUGUGCUUCUCACUGUCAGUUGUGCUACCUUUGAGAAGCCGGUCAUUGAGGGAAAGUUCAGCAAACGCCAGCUAUUCAGCUUGAUGGGACUCUGCAUGGGAUAA